AUGGUCAAAGACUAUUUCGCUGUAACGAAAGAUGUAGAAAGCUUACGACUCUGGAUUCCAUCUAUAGACAAGGAAAUGCGCUGGUGGAUUGCUAACAGAAGCGUCAGCGUUGAGUUGCCCAAUAAAACGAUGGGUUCUGUGUUUCUUUAUCGAACCGAAACGAACUGUCCGCGACCAGAGAAUUAUUUGUCCGACUAUCUACUUGGCAUGAACAACACCGAUCCCUUGAUUACCUGGAAAGCGAUGUCCACUGCUUGCGAGAGUGGUUGGGACUUCAGCACUCGCUGGUUCGAUCAUGAUGGAGACCGUCGGUAUAGAAAAGAUUCAAUUCGUACGCAGACGAUUGUACCCGUAGAUCUAAACGUCUACAUGGCUUUGAACUACAAAUUCUUGGCAGAUUCACAUGCUUUCCUUGGCAAUACCAGGUAG